AUGGUCGACAACGUCAACCUCAACUCGCCUGCACCCGCCAUCUCAGGCAGCAGCCCCUUGUCCUCCGUUCCCAAGACCAACUCGACGUACUCGAUGACCAAGGCCAACAUCCCUCCCAAGCCCGUCACAGAGGACUUUCCCUCCCCCUCUCAUAUCCGCACCAACCGCGUCAUCGACGUGAGCCACCUCACCAAGGACGAGCGCAAGUCUCACAACCGCCGGUCUUUUGGAAACGGCUUCUCAACCCGCAAGUUCCGCCUCAACGGUAAUGCCGUGUUCAACGCGGCCAUGGACAAGCACUACGGCAGCGAGAGCCGGGACAGCUCUCCUGCUCGCUAUUCGUCUACCCAGUCGCUGUCCACCCGCUCCAGUACUCCUGUCGAGCAGAGUACCAAUUCUCCCGCACGCAACACGACCCCUCUCAACGGCAACGGCGCGUCCUUCCUGCCCAUAAACAGUAUUUACGUGAACAACGGCCCGCCUUUCUUGCCCAUGAACAACAUGCACCCCAACAACGGCAUGUUCUUCCCGCCCACCAACAGCAUGAACCCCAACAACGUGUUCUCUCCCGUCCACUCUCCCCCUUCCCACCCCCAGCCGCCUUUCUCCCCCCACUCGCUGCAGGCUGAGCUUGAACGUAUGUGCAACAUCAACGUCGGCCUCGUCAACGACCUGAAGACCGAGCGUGAGGCGCUCGCCGCAGCCAAGGUCAAGACCGAGAAGGCAGAGGCAGAGGCUCGCACGUACAGUGGCCGCGCGUUCGACUUCUUCCAGCAGUUGAUUAUCGAGCGGUCGGCGCACGAGCAGAGCCGUGACAUGCUCGACGCUAUGCGCGAGGACAUUAAUGCGGGCCGGUUCAGUAACACCCUCGCCAGGGAGAAGGCCGAGGCUCAGGUCUUCACCCUCAAGUCUCAGCUCCAGGAGGAGGAGGAGAAGACCACUGAGGCCACGCGCCGCCUCGAGAUGGAGUGCCUCGACCUCUCUCUCGAGCUCAGAGCUCACGAGGUUACGCGCAGUGAGCUCACUCACGUCCGCGACAGCACCAAGAAGAAUGAGGACGAGUACAAGGCCCAAAUUGCUGCCCUAGAGUCCCGCAUUGCCGAGAUGACCCUCCAGUAUGACGCAGUCAAGUUCCUCGUGAGCCUCGAAAAUCAGCCCAAUAUUGAGGAGAUUGAGGCCCAGGCUACCGGGCUUAAGGUCAAGGACGAGACCAAGGACCUGGGGUCCAAGGAGAAGAAGAACCGCGACAAGAAGAACCAUCGUGUUCACCGGAAACUGCGCGAGGUCACCGGCAUCUACUUUGAGUAG